CUUUAUCUAAAUAACGGUCGAUAAAAAACUAAAAAAAAAACAUGAGCAUAUAACACCGACAUUACUGACAGCACAAAAUCAUAAUUUUUAUUCGAUGUGACGAUUAAUUAUGGAAGUGAAUUCGUGUACUUACGUAUCUAAUGCAUUUUGAAACAUAAUUCAGCGAUAGAGCAGCAACCAUGAGCUCCUCUUCGCCGCCCACGUCGUCUUCAUACGGUACGCGAAAAGCCGAUAAAUCAUCCGGUUCCAACGCUCGAGACAAAUACACCAAAUUAUUAGACUACCUGAAAACCAAAAACUUCGAAAAAUUCGAACGCUUCAUCAACGCCCACGAGGUAGACGUGGAUCACGAGUACGGCGCUCCCGACAACGGCACACUGCUCGAUAUCGCCUGUCGAUCAUACGGAAACAGUAAAUUCGUCGAAAUUCUGGUAAGUCAUAACGCAACCAUAAAUUCCGUCAACGUUUAUGGCAAAGCUCCGGUACACGAGGCUGUAAAAAACGAAGACUUGGAUACAUUACGUAUCCUACUACAAAGUCCCAAUUGCGAUCCUCACAUCAAAGAUAAAUACGGCAAUAGCGUUCUGCACUUCGCCGUUGUACGAAAAAACCUACCAAUCAUAGAACUACUGAAACUCUACCUUGAUCCAGAUAUCGUAGCUUGGAAGCUCGUAGACAGGGCGUUGUUAGAUUCGGUCGAAAAUGAGAGCACUGAAGACAUCCAAUGGUCAUUAUCAGGGUUACUCCAACACAACCCCAUUGAUGUUUUAUUCUCGUACUUAUACAAUCGUAAAUCUGAGCAGUUCAUAGAACGAGUACAAGAGCUGAAGAAACAUCUAGGUAUGGAUUUCCUGUACGAUAACGAUAGUAUAAACUCGUACAUGCAAUACGCUUGUAAAGCUGGUCUGGCUGAAGUUGUGGUCGCUCUACUCAACAUGGAUAUCGACCCGAACAAGUACUGCGCCAGGAACCCGAUGACUCCUUUGAUGAUGGCUGCUUUCCAAGGAUACUACAGAAUCAUCAACGUGUUAUUAGAUUACCCAGAUAUCUCGUUUGCUCCCAUUGGCCAGCACAAUGUGCUUCAUUGUUUGUUUUAUGGCAUGUUUGUGAGCAGACGGUAUCCAAUUCCAGAGAUUGAUGAACCAAUAGACUACUACAUCUGUUUAGAUUACCUGCACAAGAAAGCCAUCCAGUAUAACAAGUUGGAUGUGAAUUCGGCCGAUGAAAAAGGGUACACUGCUUUGCACUACGCUGUCCAGCUCAAUCAUAAGGGAGCCAUCAAGCUGCUCAUCGAUGCCGGAGCCAAUGUUUGCCAAAAGAACUGCAAUGGCGAGACACCUCUCACGUUAUGCAAUCCGGCUGCCUUGGAAGAGUAUCUAGACAGUUGCAUAUCUUCGAACGAUGUUCACUGCGGUGAUACCAACCAUACGGUUAUAUUUCGUUAUAAUAUGUUUGUUCCGAGGAUGCGAAAGUCAUCGGGUAGGCAAACAGAGACCGAGACUGGGAUAGAUAAGAAUAGUGGAGUUCGCGAAGGUGUAUCUGAAAUUGGACCUUUGGUGGCGAUGAAUGAAAUACCAGAGUUGAGGAAACUUCUCAAGCAUCCGGUUAUUAUGAGUUUUAUAACGUUGAAGUGGCAUGUGGUGAAGAAGCUCUACUACUACAAUCUGCUGUUCUAUGUUGCUUUCUGGUUGGCGGUCAGUGUGCAUGUGUUUCUGCAUUAUCAUGCGAAAGAGGGACCCAAUGAUGUUUUUGAAAAAGAUGUUUUUGAAAUUAAUUUCUGCAAAUCAAAUCAAGCUAUAAAAUUUUUAAGGAAACCCUUCAGUAAUACAUCUAUUCGUACCAAUAGUUCACUAAAAGACAUUGUCCGUUCGAUUGAGACUCUCAAGAAUCCACAUGAUAUUCUCAACGAAUCAAUUAAACAGUUGAACUCGUCAAUUGAAUCUCACAACAAUGUUUCUGAAUCUUUCAAAAAUUUCACCCAUUGUUUUAAUAAUUUCAAAAGUAUUCUGAACACAUCAACCAACUAUGUUACGAAUUUAAACCAUCAUAUUAACGCAUUAAUCACAGAUUUGGAGUAUAGGAACAAAUUUAUGUGGCGUCAGUCUCCGAUCAACUGUUCGAACACUACAUCUGAUAUUACUCGUACUUCAGACAACAAGAAUUCGAUCAACAAGCCCAAUCCAACUCAACAACCUGAUGAAUUUCCGUAUUGUUUGUCAGCAAGCUGUAUUUUCCAGUACAUUGCCCUGCUCCUACUCAGUAUACUAUGUUUACGCGAGUUAUUUAAAAUCACCACAUCUUUUUGGCAUUACGUGAAAUCGCUAGAAAACUGGUUAAUAAUUUGUUCCAUUAUUCUGACAGGUGUAAUUUUAAUAAAACCAGACUUGGAUGAUGAAUUGCACUGUUCAUUAACAGCGAUGGCGAUUCUUGCCGUAUGGUUGGAGUUCGUAACACUCUUAGGGAGACAUCCUCUGCUGUCAACCAAUCAAGAGAUGUUCAAAAGAUUCACUAUAUCUUUCCUAAAAUUCAUCCAUUGGUUUUCAUUGAUAAUUGUAGCGUAUGGAUUCAGCGUCUCCAUCCAGUUUAGCCGCGGACAUCAAGACUAUCGCAAAAAUUUUCUGAGCAACCCUUUCUCGCUGAUUUUCAAAUCACUAUUAGUUACUCCUGGUGUACCUGAUAGUGAAAGUAUCCCAGACAAAAUACAAAAUUACACUGAAGGAUUCUAUUUCGCAUUAAUACUUUUUAUAACCAUUGUACUAUUCAACCUAUUGAAUGGUUUAGCAGUCUUUGACACACAAAAUGUAAAAUCGGAUAAAGAACUGAUCGAAAUCACAUCUCGAUUGCGAUUCAUCUCUUACGUGGAAACCAUGGCCAUGAAUGUUCCGGCUUGCUACCUCAAAUUCUUCAAUAAACUCACCUGUAACAAAGGGAAAAAACCUAUCGAAGAGUUCUACAAAGGAUUGCAUCUGUUUCCUUACAUUUUCACCGAUCGUUCAAUCCAGGUGUCUCCGAAUGUCGGCUACCAGGUUUUGUACGCGACCAAAAACGACGAUUUUCCCGAUGAAGGUCCGUAUAUGGUUUUCAGUAAAUGGAAAAUUGAUUCGUGUACUGUUAAAAAGGCGGUGAAAAUUUUCGAAAAACAAAUUCAACGGGAGAAAUCUAAUAGUGUUGAGUAUGAUACGAUAAUGAAGGAGUUGGCUAAACUACAGAGUGAAUUUAAAACACGACAAGAGACGUUGGAGAAACCAAAUAUUGAAGCAUAAGAACAUAAUAAUAUGCACCAAAAUUCUAUUGGAAGAGUUCAAAUCUAGAAAGUAGGUACACUUCACAUGCUGUGAAAAAAUGUAAAUAAGGUACACAUUUCAGGAGUUGAAGAUAUUUUUUUCAAAUAAAUUUAAAAAUAAGCCUACCACUCAUAAGUUUAAUAGGUAAAUAAGGUAUUUUAAUUUACUACUUAUUUCAUGUUAUCAUUGAGAUGGAGUUUCAUUUAUAUUUUAGUGUAGGCAGGGUUGGAAAACAUUUUUGUUCAAAUUCCAUUACCAAUUUCAAUUUUUUUUAAAUUUCCUUUCUUGCCUAAUUUUUUUAGGAAUCACAGAGGAGAAAUCUGAACGAAAAAUUUCAUGUCUUUUUUUGACACAACUUUGACAGCUCACAAGGAAAAAUUUUCACAUCACAAACAAAAUUGGAAGGAUCACAUGGUAAAUUUUCUUUAAAAAUUGGACAAAAAAUCGAACUCUUUAAGAGGGUGCUCUACGUAGGUACUGUUUUUUAAAUAUAGCAUAACCAAAACAUGCAAGGCGGAGUAUACUGAUUAGAGGCGAUGCAUUUUUCGAUCAUGUAUAUAAAUCGAAUAAUUGUGUACUUAACGAAAUUUUUUUGCACAAUAUUUUAAUUUGAAGUGUUUUAACGAAUGAAACCAUUCAACACGUCAAACAAACAUUAGUAUCGAAGUAUUUGCCAUUUUAGAAAGUUAUCGAAAUUACGCGAGUUGAUGUCGUUGACGGACGAUUGUUCCAACACUACUGAAUGAAAUUCGCUGAAAUUUGAAUAUGUUAUACCUACUUGAAAGUAUUCCUAACAAGUUGACGUUGGCCUUUUUUCGAUUUUUUCCUUUUGAGUGAAAAUACAACCAUUGAAAAAUACACUCAGAUGAUGCUAAUUUUGCAAUGACCAUAAAAUUGAUAAUACGAAAAAAAUCGAAAAAAUUGGCAACGUCAACUUGUUAGGAAUACUUUCAAGUAUAACAUAUUCAAAUUUCAACGAAUUUCAUUCAGUAGUGUUGGAACAAUCCUCCCUCAACGACAUCAACUCGCGUAAUUUUGAUAACUUUCUAAAAUGGCAAAUACUUACUUCGAUAAUAAUAUUUGUUUAAGGUGUUAAAUGAUUUUCAUUCGCUAAAACAAACUUCAAAUUGAAAUAUUGCGCAAAACAAAUUCGUUAAGUACACAAUUAUUCGAUUUUUUCGCGAUCGAAAAAUGCAUCGCAUUUAAUCAGUACUCUGCCUUGCAUGUUUUGGUUAUGCUAUAUUUAAAAAACGCAAUACGUAGAGCACCUCUUAAAAAGAGGUGUCAAUUCAGAUUUGAAAAAAAAAACGUGAGCUAGAACUCAUUUAAGAAUGAGUUGAAUUGAUUGAAGAGUAGAUUUAUUUUCAAAAAAAGUUUGCCCAGUCCUGCUCUCCUACUCUCACUUAUUUAUUUAUUUAUUUAUUUAUUUAUUUUUACUUUUCUUUCUCUGAAAAAUUAUUCCAAGUGUGGUUAGGGUUAUCCUAGGUAUAAGUAGGUAAUUAUAGUUUUCCAUUGUAUCUUAAAAUAGUUUUUGUGAGUAUAGAUUUUUUGUAACCAAAUAGUCAUCUAGGUAAUAAUAUAAUUAGGUCAAUUUA